ACAAGUUUGGCAUGUGACAUGUCAGUGGUGUUGACAGCCUGCUUUGGGUUAAUAAUUGAUGCUUGUAAUUAAGGAGAGGGGCGGGGUGGGUUUUUGGAGGUGUCGUGUGGUUUGCCCGGUGCGUUUCUUCUCAUAUCAGUGGCUGUCAGCUCAGAUUUUUUUUUUUUAAUUUUUUUUUCUUGAAGAGAGAUUUACGGCCCCUUCUGUGCUCCAUGCUGUGGAGCGGCCGGGGAGGGAGGCAGUGGUGACGCCUGGCAGUGCGCACAGCAGAGAGAAGACUGACUUUGAAGGGGGCAGGCAGAGUGUGCGGGCAGGAAACAGCCAUUCAACAGAGCACAGAUCUAUACACGACGAUUUAUAAAGUUGUAGUUAUCACAAAGCAGAAGGGGGAGUGUCGCUGGAGGAGCUCAACACGCCUGAAUCUGUGUUCCCGGGGCCGCUGGACCAAGCUUUAGCGCAUGUAGAGAGGAGGAGGGAGGAGGAGGAGGAGGAGGGAGGUGGAGGGGGCAGUGAGUGAGUACGUUUCAGAGGAUCCAGGCCUAGUAGUAUUGCCGCUGGGACUCUCCUCAUCCGCUUUCAAAAAAUUGGAAAUUGGCACAUUUAAACGUCAAAAUGAGCAGGUUGAGGGUCACGGGCGCGGUGGCCGACACCGGAAUGGGAGGAACCAUGCCAGCAUGAGUGGGCCUUACCCAGGCCCUGGCAGGGAGACUCAUCAGUCCAGCUGCCCUUUGACCCCUGGUCGCGACCUCUCCACCCACUCCUGCACCUCCAGACACCAUGACCAUAGGCUCGGGCUAACCAUGUCUGCCACCGCCUCCUCCCUCAAGCAUGCAUCCGUCUAUGGAUUCUCACACAGGGACCACUCGUCCUCCUCUUCUUCCUCUUCAUCCUCCUACAGUCCUCUCAGGAGGCUGCAGCACCUCACCACCAUGGUGAGCCAGCCUGACCUGGUCCUGCCGGUGAGGGAGCCCGAGAGGAGCUGGGAGUGGGGUCUGAGUAAGAAGGAGAGGGGGAAGGGGAUGGAGAGGGACUCCUGGGCUGACGGUGAUUAUUCUGGCACCCAGAACACCAACAGGGAAGAGAGCUUCAGUAGCUCCUCAGCUGGACCUAAACAACCUGUUGUCCAAACUAAAAGUCGAGACAUGCCAGCAGCCAAUCGCAGCGACCCUGUCGUCUCAGAGAAAAAGAACGAAGGUUGUUUCUCCGGCCCGCCCAGCCCGGCCUUCUCUCUUGAUAGCAACAGCCCCUUUGCUAACGGUUUCCUCCACUUUGAGUCCUCUUUGUUUGAGGAUGACGACAAUGAUGAAGAGCGGGAGAGGGUGUCGCCUCUGGGAGGCUUGCAGGACAAACACGAGCAGGCGCGGAAUGUUCUUCCGUCCACCCCUGGACACUUGAAUUCGGACUCCAAGGAUGCUCCCCUGUCAUCCGCCAAGGUCAUCACCCGGUCCCAGUCCUCAGGUCAGCGCAGGAGAUACUGGGACGGCUCGGAUGACGAGUGGGAGAGUGACACCGAGCUGUUCCUACUCGAGGAUAGUCCCUCAAGGCAUUCAUUGCCAAACAGCCUCAAGAAAAAGUCUUUGCCGCCUGUGAAGUUUGUGGAAGGUGAAGUUAUUUGGGCAAAGUUCAACCGAAGACCAUGGUGGCCCUGUAAGGUGACCGUUGACCCUGUACAGGGAAUCUAUCACCGAGUGAAAGAACCCAGUGACCGGCCCUGUCGGCUCUACCAUGUCAGGACCUUUGGGGAGCCCGUGGAGCUAACCUGGGUGGAGGAAAAAGCAACUCACAGUUUCCAUGGAGGGUUUGAAUUUGAACAGCUGCCCCUACUGCGCCGGAGGAGGAAGCAAAGGGAGCAGAACUACAAAUACACUAUUGCAAAGCGUUAUCAGGACUCUUGGAAAUCCAGCGUGGCAGAAGCGGAAUUUUUUCUCCAAGAAAAACCCAAAACAGAUUCCUCCAUUCCUUCCUCCAUAGACGAUGCCUUCCACGACAGUCCCACAGUGGAGAGUGAGAAUAAGGCCCAGCCAACCUUUCUUCCCUCCCCUUCACCACUUCCACUUCCUGAGUCAUCGCACUUGACCAAUGGAUCCAUUUCAUCCCCAGUUACAACUCCAGCAAAGCCAAGCACUUUAAGGAAAUCUGGCAAGAAGAAACCAAGUAAAUCGUCAAAGGACAUGAGUAGCAAACACUCUAAAAAGACGUUGCAUAAUAGCCCUGACCAGUCAGAUAGAGACAAUGGAGAAUGCCCAUAUUCUGACCUCGACUCAGUCCCUAAGAUUUUGUGUCCUAAAGCACUUGAACGUCAGUCUAAGCUAGCUCCAACUCAGCCAUCCGUUACAGUUGUCAAAGAGGUGAAGAAGCAGCCAGAGAUUCAGAGUGGUCUGUGGUUCAGUAAAUCAGGCAAAGACAGACGACCCAAAACAACCAGUCCGAUGCCGGACCGCACUCUCUUUAGUAAGGUGCCCUGUAAGAAGAAGAACUCAUCUGUUGUAACUAAAAAGACACUGGUUCCUAGUGCCUCCUCUUCCAGUGGUGGGCUCAGUGACCAGUCAGUGUUGUCAGACAAGCAUAAGACUCCUGCUGAAACAAAUCUGUCACCUGAACAGUUGGGACAUUCAAAGUGUAAAAACCCCCUGGUUGCUAACAGGCCUUUUGGUACAGCUGGCAGUCCCACUGAACAGUCAGGACUGUCAGACAAGCAGAAGUCCCUCGUCUCUGUUGAGACUGGUGUGCCCUCUGACAAGUGUGGAUAUUCAAAGGGUAGACAGAUUGUCAGUAAUACAACUGACACUACUACUGGCUUGCUGUCUGACCAAUUAGCUAGCUCAGAUGUUGAAAAGGCCUCACAGCCGCCUAGCCCAGUCACUGUCAAUGACCAGUCCAACCAAUCCAGAUUGAGAGUCGGUCGAACUGAACAUUCAGACAUGAUGGCUAAUAAAAAGAUCCAUGUAACUGACAGGAUUUCUGACCAAGCAGAAGAAAAAGAAACUAAAAAGAGUCCAGGGUCCCCUUUAAAUAUUGACACUACUGACCCAUUAGUAAGGCUAGAAAAGCAAACAAGUCUGGUCUCGAAGUGUAGGCUGCCAUUUGUCAAAUUAAUACGCAAGGACAUAAAGGGUAAAAAGUUCCUAAAUUCCAGUGUAACUGUUAGCCCUGGUGACCAUCCUGGAUGUACAAAGAAUGAAAAAACACCAGAUACUGAUGUGACCAAAGUGUCCACUAAACAAUCAGAUUGGGUGGACGGCAAAGCAAGUGUCUCCCUAGAGCAGGUAGUCAGUUCAGAAUCAAUAAAGGUCUCAGUUAAGAAGUUGAAAGCAAGUGGUGGGACUGGUGUUCUGCGUCUCUCAUCAGAAUCAGGAAAAGCUAAAACUAUCGUUGCCUCCAGUGUGGCCAGUGUGUCUGAUGAGUUACGUAGCCAAGAAGCAGAACAGGUUUUAAAUGUGAGCCCUGGCAAUGUGACUUACUCAUCCUCUAACCAAUCAGAACAGCCAGAAGGAGAGAAGGUGUCCGCAUCCAAUGGAACAAGCAUGUCCUCUGAAGAGUUAGGCAGCUCAGAGCAAAACAAAACAUCUGCCGCUAGUACAGAUUUUAAUGCAGCUCCUCUGCUUUUGCACCAGCAUGGGGAUUCAGUAUGUAAGAAAGCUCAUGUGCCUGAAGGCCCGUCUUCUGCAAAAUCCAAGAAAGUCAUCCACAAGUCAAAGCAGGUUCAAGAAGAAGUCAAGAAAGUCCUUCUCCAUGAGCAGCCUGCCCACCUCCCAGCUAGCAGUCGGCUGAUGACCAGAGCCCUGAGGGCCAUGCAGGAGGCGGAACAGAAGAAGCGUGAAAAAGCCAGAAAGGAGGCUGAGCAGAAGGAACUCUUAAAUCCUUACAGAAAAGCUGAGGAUCUUGUGUGCAACACUGCGCGCAAGUCCAAACUGAACUUUAGCAAUAAAAUUAAAUCUCUUAAAUCUCAUCAUAAUGACAAUGGCGGGUAUGAUCAGGACACGUUUUCUAGCUGUAGCACCCCCUCUUUGACGUUUUCUGAUACGGUUGACUUCGAAGUUGAUGUCAAGAGCGAAGAUGAAGACCUCUCAAUAUCCUCAACUCCACCAAUGGACUUCAUACCCCUUACUUCUAAGGUAAAGGCCAAGAGGGAAGAUCAUUCCUCUGAUAUACACUUCUCUUCCUCGCCUCCCUCACCAUUUGCUUUUAUGAAUGCCUUUAAAAACGUCGAAGAGGUGUCCUUCCAGUCCCUGACAAAUGAGAGCGAUGGUAAACCCAUCUCUUUCAAACCAGAUGCAAACUACAAGUUCAGCACUUUUCUCAUGAUGCUCAAGGACUUGCAUGACACUAGAGAACGAGACGGGACCCCCUUAGAACUGGAAAUUGGGCCCCCAAGUGCACAUGUUAAGGAGGAACCUUUAGUGAUGCCUGGAGAGGUUACACUCACAGGCCAAGCUCAACAAAUCGAACAUGUUAAAAAUUCAAAUUCAAGUCUAGACAAAAUUGAAAUCAAACACAAUGAGGAGAGCACAAGUCAGGCGUCCAAGAGGCCCUACAACAGAAGGGGCAGUUCCACUGGCGUUAGAAAGAAAGCCAACCGUAAAGUGCCUUGUCGUCCUGCCAGGUCUGGACCUGGUUUCCCAGGACUGGAGUCCUUGCCAGCAGUAGACUCUUCAUCAGGAGUGGAUUGCUCAUCAAGAGUCCAGUCCCUGUUGGGCAUACAGACCAGUGGCUGGAAGAAGCAGCCUGGAGAUAGUGAAGGAGUGGUGGAGGAGGAAGACAGGUGGAGCAGAAUAAAUGCGGAUCUACAGAACAUGGUGCCUUUGGAGCAGAGGGGUGGUGACACUACGCUGUGUCUGGAAAAGCCGAAUGGCCUUGUUGGAGGCUGCACUGAGACUAACACAAACUUUAUGUACAAGGCUGGAGAGGGCGACAAGGCUCCAAAAGCACAUAAACGAAUUAGGAAACCAAGCAAGAGGCUGAUUGAAUGGACUGAAGAAUAUGAUCAGAUUUUCUCCACCAGGAAGAAAACCAAAAAGCCUCUCCAGUUGAUUGGAAAGGCUGCUCAGCCCAUAACGUCCACGUCUGAACCCCCGGGAUCGGACAACAGCGCACACGACCACCCGUCCUUGAAUUUGCUUCCUGAAAUACAGACCCCACCUCCUGAGGAGAUCACCGCAACAACACCCUCUGAAAUACAAAUUCCCAGCACUGAAAACACAACUACCCAAGAUGCACCGGUGCUUUCCAUCGACACACUAACCCCUCCUCCUGAAGCUGACCCCUCGCUGUCAGAAGGCCUCGUCAAAGACAACGGAAGUGCUCCUGUGCUGGAGAAGAAGCGGAAGAGGAAACCAACGCAGAAGAUCCUGGAGUACUGUCUGGAGGCCGAGGCCUCAACAGGCCCCAAGAAGAAGGUCAAAACACUGAAGAAUAAUUCAAAUCCUGUGGCUCAGUCAGAUUCUGGACCGCCAUCUUUUAAAUCAAAGAUUAAGCAGCUCACAGCAGCCAGCUCCGCACCGACACCCACAGAAGCUUCCACCUGUGCGCCCAAAGAUCCCCCUCCCACCUCUCCUGCACCUUCCACUCCAGCGCCAAACCCGCCCGAACCUGCCCCAGUGGAGACGGCGUCAGAAGGCAUAGAUGCUCCUCAAGCAGAGGACAAAAAGGACACAGCAGAGUCAGAGGGUGACCUGUCCGGCUUGGAUCACAGCUUCUCCUCCAUGAAGGACGACUUGUUGCUGUGCGAUGAUCCACUUUUACCCUCGAGGAAGAUCAUCGGGGACCGAGGAGGUCCUGCCUCCAUGAAGGAGAAUAUAUGUCAGGUGUGUGAGAAGACGGGGGAGCUGCUGCUGUGUGAGGGUCAGUGCUGUGGAGCCUUCCACCUGCCCUGCAUCUCUCUGGCCGAGGCCCCUAAAGGGAAGUUUGUCUGUCCGGAGUGCAAAUCAGGCAUCCACACGUGCUUCGUCUGUAAGAAGCGCAGUGAGGACGUGCGGCGUUGUAUGAUUCCUGUGUGUGGGAAGUUUUACCACGGGGAGUGUAUCGCCAACUACGCCCCAACCGCGCCUGUGAACCGAGGCUUCCGCUGCUCCAUCCACGUCUGUCUCACCUGCUUCAUCACCAACCCCAACAGCUCGUCCAUCUCUAAAGGUCGCCUGGUUCGAUGUGUGCGCUGCCCGGUAGCCUAUCACGCUACAGACCUGUGCAUGGCAGCAGGCAGCGUCAUCCUGUCCAACAACAGCAUCAUCUGCCCUAACCACUUCACCCCCCGCCGCGGCGUCAAGAACCACGAACACGUCAACGUCAGCUGGUGUUUCGUCUGCACUGAAGGUGGCAGUCUGCUGUGCUGUGAGUCUUGUCCUGCUGCGUUCCACCGGGAGUGUCUGAACAUGGAAAUGCCUAAAGGCAGCUGGUACUGCAACGACUGCAAGGCUGGGAAGAAACCUCACUACAAGGACAUCCUCUGGGUGAAGGUUGGCCGUUACAGGUGGUGGCCAGCAGAGGUCAGCCAUCCCAAAACAAUCCCAGAGAACAUCCAGCGUAUGAGGCACGACGUCGGGGAGUUUCCCGUCCACUUCUUCGGCUCCAACGACUACCUGUGGACCUACCAGGCCAGGGUCUUCCCUUAUAUGGACGUGGACGCCAACAGCAAAGAGAAGAUGGGGAAAGGUGUCGAUGCCACCUACAAGAAAGCUUUGGAGGAGGCGGCUGUUCGAUUUCGUGAGCUGCAGGCGGAAAAGGAGCUUCGGCAGCUUCAGGAGGACAGGAAGAAUGACAGGAAGCCUCCGCCCUACAAACAUAUCAAGGUGAAUCGACCAAUAGGAAAGGUUCAGAUAUUUACGGCCGACCUAUCAGAGAUCCCGCGCUGCAACUGUAAGGCGACAGAUGAGAGCCCGUGUGGGAUGGACUCAGAGUGCAUCAACCGCAUGCUGCUGUACGAAUGUCACCCACAGGUUUGUCCGGCGGGUGAACGCUGCCUCAACCAGGCAUUCACCAAGCGUCAGUACAGCCAGGUGGAGAUCUUUAGGACGCUGUCUCGAGGCUGGGGGCUCCGCUGUGUCCAUGACAUCAAGAAGGGUCAGUUUGUGAGCGAGUACGUCGGGGAGGUGAUUGAUGAGGAGGAGUGCAGGUCCAGGAUCAGACAUGCCCAGGAGAACGACAUCUGUAACUUCUAUAUGCUGACACUGGACAAGGAUCGAAUCAUCGAUGCCGGGCCGAAGGGGAACGAGGCUCGCUUCAUGAACCACUGCUGUCAACCCAACUGUGAGACGCAGAAGUGGACGGUGAGCGGAGACACCCGGGUGGGACUGUUCGCCCUUGUUGACAUCACUGCAGGCACAGAGCUCACCUUCAACUAUAAUCUGGAGUGUUUGGGGAACGGGAAGACGGUCUGUAAGUGUGGAGCGCCAAACUGCAGCGGCUUCCUGGGCGUCAGGCCAAAGAACAACCCUCCGUCUGAAGACAAAGGUCGUAAACUGAAGAGGAGGGGCCAUGGCAAGAGGAAGAACAAGGUGGUGGUGACCAAAGAACGAGAGGACGAGUGUUUCAGCUGCGGAGACGGAGGACAGAUGGUUUCCUGUAAGAGACCCGGCUGCCCCAAAGUUUACCACGCCGACUGCCUCAACCUCACCAAGAGACCUGCAGGUCGUUGGGAAUGUCCGUGGCACCAGUGCGACAUCUGUGGAAAGGAUGCGGCGUCCUUCUGCGAGAUGUGCCCCAGCUCCUACUGCAGCCAGCACCGCGACGGCCUGCUCUUCAUCUCCAAGCUGGACGGCAAACUGUGCUGCAGCGAACACGACCCCUGCGGGCCUGAACCACUGGAGCCAGGGGAGAUCAGGGAGUACACCCCCGAGCCCAGAGCCCUGACCUCGGGGCUGGGCAUGGCCAUCAUCCCCUCUGCUGCUCCUAACGCCAACACCAGUCAGAUCCCGACCGCCAGGAAGGUCCAGGAGAUCAGCAGCAGCGCCGGCACAUGUACCUCUGAGCCGCUUCCUGCUUUCUCCAUACCGGUACCCAUCACUAUCCCCGUCGCAGCGCCCGCCUCUUCGCCUCCCCCUAGCAGCUCAGAUGCCCCCAGCAGCCCACCGGUGUAUGACCUCCCACACUACUCGCCCAUCUCCUCAUAUGAGGAGGAGAGGGAUGUCUUAGAGGAGGAUGAGGAGGACGAGGAGCUGCUGGAGGAAGUGGAGGACGAGUCAGAGGAAGAGGGUGAGGUGGGUAGGCAGAAAUCAGAUCCUCACGAAGAGGAUGGAGAGGAGGUGAUGGAAUACCUGGAGAUCAAAGAGGAUGAGGAGGAGGAGGAAGAGGAGGACGAUGAGGAGGAGGAGGAGGAAGAAGAGGAGGAGGAGGAGGAAGAGUGACGCACAGUGGAUUAUUAUUUACAGUGGAACAGAUUAACUGCUACACAAAAGCAGUCACUACAGCGGGGACGCAAAUGAAGAUUAACCAAUCACACGCAGCCCAGUCUGUCACUGUACCCAGCGAGCAGGUGGACGUACGGAGGGCUCUUUAGGACAAAACUAAAUCAACACAUAAAUAAAUUGUCCAUAAAUAAACAGCAUAAAUACUGUAUAGACUCAUAUAUACACAGACAGGUAUUACUGAUUUAGUUUUGUCCUAUGAGUCAUCCUCGUGUGGUGACACAGUGACUUUGCACACACUGGCGCUGACUGCACCUUGAUGUGGGAGAUCUGACAAAGAAAAUUAUCUGGAACUUCUACAGACCGUAGAACUUGGGAUUUGUAAACAUAUUUCACGUCACUACUUGUUUUCUCACCUGCUGGUUUGUUUCAGUAUUUCUUCUCACUAGUAUUUCAGCAAGUUGACCUGCAAAAAAAAAAAAAAAAAAAAAAAAAAAAGCUUCAUGUAAUUGGAGACAGUUCCUGUUUCUGCAGAGCCAGUGUGUACUGUAGGUGUUUCGUGCUAGAAAAGACUGCACUUCCUGUCAGGGCGGGGUGAACUCUCCGGUCUUCGGUAAAUGACCUCAGCUUGGUAACAUUUGAAUCAGACAGUGGCCAUGUUUGCAAAAUACCUGAUUUUUCCCAUAAAUAGAUCAGUUCUCUGUCCCUGCAGGGAUCACCUUCAGUUUGGGUCGUGUUUUAAACUUGGAUGUCGCUCCAAAUCAGGGCCGGAAAAUCUUGGUCGACUGAAAUUCUACCAACUCUUCAAGGAGAGGGAACAGAUUAAGUAAAUUGGCUGCUACCUGGUGGUGUCGGUGUCCACCACAGUGUUUCUUUCAUGAGGCUAGUGUAUAUUUUAAAUCCUUUGCAGUGGGCACUGAGCCUGGGCGGCAUGGUGGUGCAGUGGUUAAGAGAGUUAUGGGUUCGCCGGGGCCCUUCUGUGCAGAGUUUGCAUGUUCUCCCUGUGUCAGCGUGGGUUUCCUCCAGGUGCUCCAGCUUCCUUCCACAGUCCAAAGACAUGCAGGUUAAUUGGUGACUCUAAAUUGUCCGUAGGUGUGAAUGUGAGUGUGAAUGGUUGUCUGUCUCUAUGUGUCAGCCCUGCGAUAGUCUGGUGACCUGUCCAGGGUGUACCCUGCCUCUCACCCAGUGUCAGCGGGAUAGGCUCCAGCCCCCUGCGGCCCUUACAGGAGAAGUGGUUAUGGAUAAUGAAUGAAUGAAUGAAUGAAUGAAUGGGUGCUGAACUGAGUUUGACAUUUUUUCUGGUUGCUGGGAGUUGAAAUAUAGGCCAAUAUAGCUGUUAAUAUUCCAGAAUUCCUGCCACAGAGAACAACUGUCAAACACACUGUAUGUUUUAAAUAUUCAUAUAAACAGCCCACAUUUAUACAGCAACAAAACACUUUGAAUUAAAUAACCUGAAAACAAGCUAAAUGAAGAAGUGGCCUGUUGAACAGAGUGACGAAUCACAGGUUUAGUGGCAGAGGAGGAAAAGGACUUGAUGAGCCAAGCAUCACUGUAAAUUACCAAGUCUGCUAUUCACUGUCGGGCUUGCAGUGGAGGAGUGAAGCAUAUCUCUGGUCUGAACUACGAGGAGACUUGCAGUGUGUUGAGCAAUGCCUGACAGCGUUCUCACUGAACGUCUGCGGCUUGCAAGCGUACAGUGUUUACACAGACAGCGUUACUGCUGUAACUACUGUAUUUCCACUAUUAAAAGCUAGUACUCUACAGUUUUUGGAGCUGUGCAAGCAACUGCAUAAUCAGCAACACAGUCCUGCAAAUAUUUCACAAUAGAAAGCCUCGUGUUUACAAAUGAAGGGAUUCCGUCCACAGAAACGCUGUUAGAGCACUUUUAUUUUGAAACGUAAACAGGAAGCGUUGAGUUAGUUGUGUCAAAUGAAGACAUCAAAACUGUAGUGAAAGGUGGUAUAAUGUCAGUAUGAUCAAAGACCAUUUUCAAACUCUGUUUUUGCUGAAAACAGCGCACGUCACCCAUGGAAAAUAGGCGAGAUUCCUAUUCUCAAGAUGUUCCACAGCUGAGCAGCAGCCACACUGCACCUGAACAGCGCUGCUCACGGUAGCAGUGUGGCUGCUCUGACUUGUUCACACUGGCGCUGGGAGAAAAAAAAACAAGAGGUUCUGCCUUGCACACGCACUGCUCAUGUAGGCAAUGUGGCCUGGGAAGACCGUGACCGACGUGGAUGAGGCAUAUGCUCCAAAGAAAAUCUGGUCUUUAUAUGUUUAUAUUUAAGUUGCUUGGCAACAAAUCUUAUAGGUCACACAGUGUUAGGCUAUUUGAUAUAUUUAAUUAGUAUUAGUAUCAAUUAAUUUAUUUAUUUGUCAUAUUUCCCACUGGACAAUUUAGCCGCUGAUACUUUGAUCUGCCAGACAACUACAUGUGAUGCCAGCCAAAAGCUGGCUUACAAACUCUGAUUGAACUGAUGUAGUUCACAGCUCACACCACCAGAGGUCAGUGUCUACUGGGGGAACAGGCAGCUGAGCUGAGAAAGAUUGCAAGUGGUGGGGAUAACGUUACAGGAGUAGUGUAAAUUAGAAUGCCUCUGCCCGUGUUUUGGAGUAUCACCGCAUAUAAAUUUUCAUGAGAUGAAUUCUUCUAACUACAAAAGCAGUCACAACAAGUUUUACCAAGUUCUCGAGCAAGAGGGGCGCUUAUUUCCUAUCUUGUCAUUAUUCUUUGGGACAUAAGUAUUUAAACCCAUCAAGACUUUUCUAAGUCUAAGUCUGCGUAUUCAAAACACAUUGUUGGCCAGACAAUGUCAGUACAUGCUACUGUGACUUUUAUCACCAGCAGCUCAGCUUUAUAUCGUUCACCCCAGUGAUAUGUCAGGAAGGAAUGAAAAACAGAUACCGCUGAAGCCUAGUCACUUGUUACUUGCUGUCUAAUCACAGUGAAGGAGGGGCAGGACAAAUACUGGAAAGACCAACCGUCGAAAUGAACACACACAAACCCGCACGUCCGUCCUCUCUGCCUAUGUUCCUCAUCCAGAGCAGGGCUCUACAUUGCGCCAAGGCUUUUACUUUGGCGGGUAUUCCGUAUCUGAUCAACCACUGCACUUCCAGCCAGGCGUUUUCAAAAGAGUUCCUGGCCUUUUCAAAGUAGAAAAAGAAAAACUUUGGUGGACACACGGCCUUUCAAAAGUAACGAUGACCAAUGACAUUGGAUAAGAGUGUAUCGACAAACCGACCGACCAGAAGGUGUCAGCCCUACUCAGAAUGAAACAAAACCAGCUCCACUGGUGGUCAGAGCACUUUGGGUUUUUUUGGAAAUCAGUUCAACAAUAAGGAUUUUAUUGUCCACAGGAGUAGUUGCUUCCAUUUCCUGUGGUCUCAGUUUCAGUCUCCAGUUCUCCUUGACGCCUCAGAUCAUUUGACGGUGCUGGUGAUCAUACCAUCUACGAUAACUUGAAAGUGCCACAUGAUUGGCUGCCUGGUGUAGCCUCAACAAGAGUUCACACAACUAGCGAUACUGCCAACAGCAGGCAUCUCGAGUUCUCUUAAUUUUACGCCAAAAUAAACGGACGAGGAUUCAGUGUUUGACUGAGAACAGUCUUCAUGCCUCAGAGAAAGUGUUGAUACCAGGAUGGGACGCUGAAGCUGUCUCGUAGGUUCUUUAGCAGCUCUAUAAGGAGACGAGUUGGACGCUCCUGAGGCUCAUAUCCUCCGUCACAAAGAGUCAGUCUCACCCUGGUGGUCUGAAUGCAGAGAUAGUUAGCCUCAGUGUGUAUGCUGUGCUCUGUAGUCAUUAUUUAUCUACUGUUCAGUGACGCACAAAUAGUGAUGAUGAAGAGGAGGAGGUGGAGAGUCAGGGGGGUGUUAGCUCCUGGUUCCCUCCUCGUCUCGACUCAAACUAAAGUCUUCGAUGGGAUGCUUGAAACAACGGACUCCUGCUAUGAUGCUUGCACUUCAGUAUGUGUUCUUGCCACGUGUUUUUUGCUCUGUCUUCAAGCUUAAUAUUGUCUGUGUGUUAUCUGCCAAUGCCUUAGAGUGUAUUUCUUUGGAGAUAUUUUUAAGGAAUGGUUUGGCGCCUGUGAGAGCCAAGUGUCCCUACUAAUGCCUUUUUACAGUCGCCCAACAAGCAAUGUUUCAUUCCAGUGUAAUUAUGACCUGUUAGAUCUCAACCAUUGACCUGUUCAAACAACUGCUAUAUAAAUAUAUAAGAAAAAGAAGU